GUCAGAUGAAUGAGUCGCUAGCCAUAAUCUCUUAUCUUGUGAUAAAGGUUUGAAAGAGGAACAGUGGUGAAGCUACUUAUUCUCAGCCAGACAGAAGUAAUCUUUCUAAAGCAACUUUGCGUUCGUUGACUUGGGCACUCUCACUUGCGUUUCAAGGACAGCUGUAUCCAGAUCUCCACACAAAGCUCCAACAAUGCUUAAGAAAGAAGCCAAGCCAUACUGGAAUCUGUCUGUCAAAGUUUUGCGCGCAAAGAUCCAUCAGUCCUACGACUACUUGAAUGAAUCAGACUGCUAUGUCAUCCUGAACUUACCCACGGCAUCAGCCCGCACAAAACGCACCAAGACUAUCCCAAGUAAUAACAACCCCGAAUGGAAUGAAACUUUCACUUUCCGGGUGUUCAGCAACAUUAAGAACGUUCUGGAGAUCAUGGUCUAUGAUGAGGAUCCAUUCAUGAGAGAUGACCAAUGCGGCACAAUCCUAUUUGAUGUCAAUAACCUCACUCCUGGGAAAAAGGAGACCAAAUGCUUCAUAAUAAAUGAAAAGACCAAGAAUGAACUGUGGGUAGAGUUUGAGAUGACUAAAAGCUCUGUGACACCAAGACCAUGUACAUCUAAUGGAGUGUUGGUGGCAGGACCUUUUUGUGAGCUGAAUGUGGAGAUAGACAAGCUUCUUAAGAACUCUGAAGCAAUGCAGAACAUGGUGUUAAAACUGAAAGGGGCAUAUAAAGAGGAUAUUGUGAUCUCAAAUUUGGAUGAAAGCUCCAGCAUCAUGACAACAUUACGUUACUUCAUUAACCGAGAUCUGGAAACUGAACUCAAUCUAACCUCCGAGGCAGCUGUCAGGCCAGAAAAUACUGUCGUAGUGGAUGGUACAGUUCCAGCUCUUGUAGAUGCUGAACUGACUUCUGUUCCUUUAAAACCACUUCCAGCCAAACAGAAGCUUACUGUCUCUUUGCCUCUGGGAGAGAAUAAAGUGGAUCUGCAACUGAAAACAGAUGAUCGCUCUGAUGAAGAGAUGGAUGUGCGUCUGGAUUUUGACAUUCCAGAGAAGGAAAAAAGAUUUCUGGCAAAGAGAAGAAAAGUUGUUUCACAAGCACUUCAGAAAGCUCUGAAUCUCAGCUCUGCACCAGAUCCAAGCAAGGUACCGCUGGUGGCUGUGGUGUGUUCGGGAGGAGGGAGCAGAGCUUUAACAAGCACAUACGGAAGCCUUAAGGGUCUGCAAAAUAUCCAGAUUCUUGAUACAGUCAGCUACAUCACAGGGGUUUCAGGUGCCACUUGGGCUUUAGCCUCUAUUUAUGAAGAACCGAACUGGUCAAAGGGUGACAUUGAUAAAACGAUGGAGUCUGUAAAGAAGGAGCUCUCUAAAACCAUAUUCAGUUUGUUUUCUUCGGAGCAGCUACAGCGAUACAAAGAGAAGAUAGAUGAGCGAGAGAAGCAAGGACACAUUGUAUCUCUCAUAGACAUGUGGGGUCUGGCUUUGGAGUAUCUUUUCCGGGGGAAGAAACACAUGGGAACACUCUCUGAACUGCAGAGGACUGUGUCUGAAGGCCAGAAUCCUCUGCCUAUCUUCACAUCUGUCAACAUAAAGAAUGGCAGGGCAGAGUGUAUAGAAGAUGCAGAAUGGUGUGAGUUCACUCCAUAUGAGGUUGGAUUUCCCAAAUAUGGUGCCUUCAUACCUGCACAGAACUUCGGGAGUGAAUAUUACCUUGGGCACAUGAUCAAGAAGCUCCCCGAGACUGCACUCUCCAUUCUUGUGGGAAUGUGGAGCAGCAUUUUCUCUGUAAAUCUGACAAACAUCUGGAGUAUAGCCACGGGAGCCGCACCUUCCUGGACCCCUCAGGUUGAAGGAGGAAAGAGCAACACAGAGACUAGUAAACCGACAGCACUUACCACACACCUGAUCAACCCGGUGACUGACUUUGCUAAAAUGCUCUGUGGCUUUAUGACCAGUCGUCCCAUAGUCAGCCAAAUGUACAACUUCCUGAGAGGCUUCAACCUGCACAGAAACUACCAAGAGAACACAGGCUUCAUAGCAUGGAAAGAGAAACAUCCGGAUGCCUUUCCUAACACCAUGACUCCAUCUGAUCCAGUGCUGAGUUUAGUAGAUGCUGGAUUUGCCUUAAAUGCAGGAUUUCCACCGGUAGUUCGCUCUCACCGGAAUGUGGAUGUUAUUCUGUCUAUAAACUACUCCUGGGAGCUGGAUCAAUUUAAGGUCGUAAAGCAAGCCCAGGAAUACUGCACCGAUCGAAAGAUCCCAUUUCCAAAAAUUGAUUUCAAAAAGCUGGAGUCUGAGCCACUGAGGGAAGUUUAUGUGUUUGAAGAUAAAAAUAAUCCUGAUGCUCCCAUAGUGCUUCACUUUCCCUUGGUCAAUGUCUCAUUCAAACAGUUCAAAGCUCCAGGAGUGAAGAGAGAGGGUGAAAAGGAGCUGAAAGAGGGAGCGGUUGAUGUUGACUUUAACAGUAACACAUCUCCAUAUGCCACUCACAAACUGACAUACACACCGGAGGACUUCCAGAGGCUCAUUAACCUAACUUCCUACAACAUCCAGAAUAACAAAGAUGUCAUUCUGAACGCAUUAAACAAAGCACUGAACAGAAACAGAGACAAGAGGACAGGGGAAGAAAGCAAAAAAGAGGAGAAAGGAAAGACCUGUUCAGCACCAACACCACAACCAGGAUCACAGAAAACACAAAAGACACAAAAGUAAUCUGAAUGCAAAACUUGAUAUAUCUUGAAUUGUUGUUGUUGUUACAACCUACUCUAAUCAUGUUUAUGUAACUUACAACUAGGGAAUGUUACUUAAAACUCACUAAGUUACAUUCAACUCACAAUUGUGAUUAGUGCUUGUGAUAGACUCAAGGCAAGACAUGCUCACUGCCAGAGCCACACAUAGAGGGCAGUAUAUACAGUAGUACUCUAGUAUGCACUCUACAGGAAUGCUGCUCUGAAGAGCAGAGAAGUAUAGUUCAGUUUCAGAGUUUUCCCUUUGGUUUGAGAUACACUGCUGAAAAAUAAAUUGAACUUCUAUUUUAUUAA